GAAUAGUGUUUUUCUGCUACAGGCAGUUUUAUUCCUCUGCGUACAUAUUAUACGUAUAAUUUUGAAUUUCUCUCUAUAUUUUUAUUAAUUUACCUUCAGCGGCGGAAAUGAAGCUUCUAGGAUUGUGGGCGCUGGUGACCCUGGGAUUCCUGCUCGUUGCCCUGCUGAGCGCUUCUGUGGACGCACGGCGUGUCCGCAAGAUCUGCCGGCGACACCACGGCCCCCGCCACUGCCGGCGCUUCAUCAUCGUCCGCGGCCACGGACACGGCCACCACCACGGUCAUGGCCACGGGCAUGGCCAGCGCAACCGCCAACCCGUGGAGAUCAUCGAGGAAAACGAGAGCCCCGCCCCGGCCGCGGCGGCGGCCCCCGCCGGCGGGACCACCGACCAACCGGAAGUCGAGGAGUCCACCGACAGCCCCGACGCCCCGGAGGCGGGCGCUGCGCCCACCGAGGGAGACGGGGACUCCGCCGGGGCGGACGAUAAGGGCGACGCGGCGGGCGGUGAUGAUAAGGGCGGGAAGAAGGGCAAGGGGGCCAAGAAGGGCGGCAGGGGCAAGGGGAAAUCCAAGGGCGGGGAUGCGGAUAAGGGCGGGCAGUCGGACGAGGAGGCCGAUCUGGACGACCAGCGCGACUGA